ACAGAAGCUGGGAAAAGGUCAGAUGUGCCUUCCUGGUUUGUUGAGACCCUGAUCCUUCAGCACUCCCGCUGUGCCUCAGCAGUGAGCUGGGUGUAAAGGCAGGAGGCUUGCUGGGGUUUGACAUUUCCUUGCCCUCCUCCAGGAGGGACACAUCUGGGGCUCUAUGAGGAGGACAGCUUUCAUCCUGGGCUCUGGACUUCUCUCAUUUGUGGCCUUCUGGAACUCAGUGACAUGGCAUCUUCAGAGAUUUUGGGGUGCUUCUGGCUACUUUUGGCAAGCCCAGUGGGAGAGGCUGCUGACUACAUUUGAAGGGAAGGAGUGGAUCCUCUUCUUUAUAGGUGCCAUCCAAGUGCCUUGUCUGUUCUUCUGGAGCUUCAAUGGGCUUCUACUGGUGGUUGACACAACAGGAAAACCUAACUUCAUCUCUCGCUACCGAAUUCAGGUCGGCAAGAAUGAACCUGUAAGUAUUAUUGCAACUUCUCCUGGUCAAAGCACAGAAAGCAAGAGCUGGCCGGGCGCGGUGGCUCAAGCCUGUAAUCCCAGCACUUUGGGAGGCCGA